AUGAAUUGCACGGCAGAGGGAGUGGACGUGGCCCGGAGAAAGAAGGGCAGCAAGGGGGCUGUGAAGUCCGUUCUGGGGAGUGCAACGUUUGUGAGUGGCCAAAGCGAACAGGCCACCUGCGGCCUGUUGGCACUCACCGACGCCCUCCUGCUGUCGGCGCUCCUCCCCCUCCUCCCGCCGGUAGCCCUCCUGCGCCUGGGCGCCACCUGCCAGCGGCUCCGUUCACUGACCAGCCACGACACUGUAUGGGCAGCGCACUAUCGCUCGGCCCGCGGCAAGGCAAAGAGCAAUCACGCCGGCAGCGCGCCGCUGAUGAAGGCCUGGCGCGAGUGGGUCGCCGUGGGCCUGGAGUGGGAGUAUCCGGGUCUCGUCCAUGGUACCCACCACCACCACCAUCAGUACUACAGGCAGCGCCUGGCCCACACCUCGGCCCGGGAAUGGAGCUCAAGUCCCGCCCACCGCGCCGCGCGAAAGGAGCUGGCGCGGGCCAUGCGCAAGCACCAGGCCCCACAGCACGACUACAGCUUGAAGGUCGUGGUGGCUGGCGACUGGCGGGUGGGCAAGGACCGACGCCAUGCGCCACCCUACGAAGAGCACCCCGACUUCGUACCGAGCCCGCUUCACCUGUUCGCUGCUGCAGCCGCCGCCGCCGCCGCCUGGGAGAAUCCGAUCACCGGCUUCAAGACGGUCGGGUCGAGCCCCUUUCGUGAUUGCGACGCGGUGAUCGUUUGCUUCGACGCCACCGCCGAACGCUCCUUCGACAGUGCCAAGGCCCUGGUGCAGGAGAUCAAACGGUACACGUACGACCGGGUGCUGGGUCGCAUGCUGGUCGGCACCAAGUGGGACAAGCGGAAGAAGCGAGCAGUUCCACGAGAGCUCCCAAAGGCCUUCGCAAUGGAGGAGGGAAUUCCGUUCGCGUGGACAAGCGCGAAGAAGGGGACGGGCGUGGAGGAGGCCUUCCGACUGCUCGUCGGCGAGAUGUACGCCCGAGGUGUCAUCCUCCACAAGGCACGCAACAAAAAACCGAAAUGA